CGGCUAACGACAUAUCAUGCAUCCGGACUCGAUGACGUUACGCGAAAUAGUCAUUUCACAUCUGUGCUAACCUUGCAUUAUUUCAUAUAACUAUUCGUUCAACGCGUUUGUCGGAUUUUAAGUGCGGGACAAAUAAUGGACAAGAGGGAGAGAACGGACGAACGUUUAUUGAAAUGAAACAACUGGCGCGCAAUUCCGGCGUAAUCAUUCGGCCGCGAUUGAAAACGAGGUCGUGCUUCCUCGUCGUUGUUUAUUCUGAUAUAUAAUACUAUUGAACGAAAAAUACUCGAUUAUUCCGCACAGCUAGGCGGAUAGAUUAAUUGUCAGUAAAACAAAUUGUUGCAGCUAUGCGAGUAGAUGCUCCUGUCGCUCCUGUGUCGAUUGAAAUUCGAUGAAAUUGGAUUUUUCCCGCGGGCUGUUUUGGAUGUAAUUUGAACUCGUCUGAAAUAUUCUCCGCGUAUUUAUAUUAUCUAUAUGUAUAUAGGUAUUAUAUAUGUACUGUAUAUAUAUUUACAAAUACUAUACACUAUAUAUGUGAAACGCGCGCGUAUAAGGUUGUAUUUUAUUUUUAACAAAGUCUUUAUCAAUAACGUGCGAAAAAACAACGAGCUUGUUUAUACAAAAGUCAUACAAACUGAUCGUAUCUCUUUCGCGAUUGGCAAUAAAAAAAAUACUGGAGAUAAAAUGUUGGAGGAAAAAUAUUGGAGAAAAAAAUAAGAGGGAAAAUACGAGAGACCCGGUUCGAAUUGUGUGUGUGUGAGUCAUCCUGUAUAUUUAACUGUACCUUUUAGAUAUUAUAUACGGUUCGUUUCGUGUGUCAUUACACGAAAUAAAAUUGCGAUAGCGAUAGUUAAAUAUUACACCGCACCAUAUUUAAUAAACAAAUUAAUAAUUAAAUAAUGUAGGACAUGAAGGCAUUUGUUAACCGAGAUUAUCGUAUAAUUUUGUCUCGCAACUUUUGAGCUGUAUAAGUUAUUUUUGCAAAUUAAACUAACAAUUUUAAUACAUAUAUUGAUCGUGUCAAAAUAUACAUAUAUUUUUUGUGGAUAUACAGCACGGAUCAGAACCGAAACUAUGUUACCCAGUGGGAAAAUUCACGAAUUAUAGCUACGUAGUUCCACGUUCGCAAUUAUGUGCACAGUUGGCGUCUCGGUUCACUUUGUUUACAUUUCGUCGGGCAAAAAUAUGCGAUUUAUUUACUAAAUAUUUAAAUGCGCUUCUGACGCCACAAAUAUAUUUAACAUGGGCGAGGACGUGUUGCAGAAUUGGACCCCUUACGCCAGAGAAUACGAUCCCUUAAAGGCGGGUAGUAUCGAUGGAACAGACACGCAGCCUCACGAUAAGGCUGUUAGCAGGGCAAUGCUGAUGCACUACGAGCCACCGCGCAAUCUAGAAUCUAAGCCGGAAAGAACUAUAUUUGUAGCUAGACUCGGUCCCAAAAUCACUAAUUACGACCUGAAAGAGUUCUUUGGCAAACAUGGAAAUGUUGUUUCGGCGAAGGUAAUAGUGGACGUGGUGACCGGACUCUCUCAAGGGUACGGUUUUGUGGAAAUGAAAAGCGAAGAGGACGCUAGAAGAGCGUUGAGACGAACCAUCGAUGCCACGUUAAAGGGAUACAAAAUAUUUAUCGACAACGAAUGCGGCCGUACCUUGAAGGGAUGGAAACCUAGGAGACUCGGUGGUGGUUUUGGCGGCAAAAAGGAAUCGGGCCAGCUGAGAUUCGGGGGAAAAGAUCGACCAUUUAAACGACCGAUUGUACCUAAUAUUUUAAAGCCGAAAAGAUAAAUAGCCUGUUCGACAUUUGCGACACUAUUUCCGUCCACCGUUUCCACACUCUUUCAUUCCUAUACCUUUCCAUUUGUUAUUCCAAUGCAUUAAUAAAGCAACAUACAGAACA